UGGCUGUUCCCACGGACCAUUUUAUGCCCGGACCAAGAGCGCGUCGGAAGCUCUGCACCUUGCUUGCGGAGGUCAAGUAGCGGCAGUUCUCUUCUGGGGAGUUUUCAGGAUAAUCGCUGACCCGUGUCUAUCGUAGCUGUGAGGAAGACACCGCAGUUAUGGUGAAGAAAAAGAGACUUCGCCUCAUCGCGGAGAUGGCUCGGAAGAUUCGGGCGUACAGAGAGCUCAAGUCCCGGCCCCGGGAGUCCCAGAAGUACGCCUUGGACUACGAGACAAUGAAACGGCCCUUCACGGGGAAGAUGCUGCCGGUGUUAGCAUGGCAGGACGUCCGCAGGGAGAGCCGCCUCUUCUCCUUGCUGGCCGGGAUGAGGCUGUUCGGAGUGGGCCGACUCUUCACCCGCAAAUCCUGGCUGGAGGACCACUCCGAGCCCAGCUACUGGCAGAUCACCAAGGUCAAGGUGGACUACACAUCCGAGAACAUGGAUCACGGCAAAGCGUGGGGCAUCCUCACUUAUAAAGGGAAAAAGGAGAGCGAGGUCAAAGAGAUGGACAAGGUGAUGUACCAUGACUGGCGCCUGAUUCCCAAACACAUGGAGCAGCAGUUUAAGGACUUUGAGCCUCUGCCCGAGCCGCCCGUCCGAUACGUCGCCUACCCUCCCCUGCUCCGCGCAAUGCUGCUGGCACAACAGAAGAAAGCAGGAGGCAGCAGAGCGGCAGAGGAGCCCGUCCUGCCUUUAAAGAGGGAUGUUCUACUUAACAAAGACUAUUUCCACACGCAGGAACAAGAGCGACAGAGGAAAGAGGGGACUGCGGUGUAAUGGCCUCACUUGAAUGUUUACCGAUCCUGGAUAUUUUUGGACUAGAUCAUUGUUGACAAAUGCUUCUCAAUAUCUGGCUGAAUCUUCCACUCAGAAUACUUCUCUGUGGGUCUGAUGCAGGCCCUUGUGCGUGUGUGUGUUAUUGUUGUAUGCUGAAUAUUAAAUUUGAGAUGAAAUGUA